AAUUGAUGGUGUUUAUUGCUUAUUUCAUGUUUGUAACAAUGUUAAUGAUGAUUGGAUUACCGACAUUUUGCAAUUUCUUGAGGAUUUGAUACUGUUCAUGAACUUCAAUACUCGUUAGGUUUUUGUUUAGGGUUUCAAGGGUUUGUGGAUGUGGUUUAUCGGUAUUUGCUUUCAUGGUUUAACGGCAAACCAUCCUAACUCAUCCUUCUUCCCUUCAGCAGCCUACCAGUAACAAGAUGAUUACACCGACAAAUCUAAGCAUCACUCUUUCUCUCUCUCACUUUCUGUUGGAUUUUGUCAUUUGUCUUCCUCUUGUAAUCAGGAACUAUGAGUUCAGAGUUGAGCUCUAUCUUGAUGGCUCAAGAUGAAACUGAGGUUAAGAGUGGUGAUUCAACAAAGUUUGAACCGGAUAGACCAAAGGGUGCAUCAAAAACAAAACUGGUGACUCAUGUGAGCAGGGAAGAAAUUGACCUGAUAAAGUCGAGCGAUUCUCCUACACGCCCUAUACGGACCACAAGACAGAGUGUUGGUUCAGAUCAGAGCAUUGAUAACUCACCAAUGCAUCCACAUCCACAAGCCAGAGUUGGGAACAGGGGUAGCGCAGGUUCUUCACCAAUGUGGGAUAGAAAGGUUUCUUCAGAAAGUAGCCAUGGUGCAGCUUCUUCAACUCCUGGAAGAUCUCGAUUGAAACAAGUUACUCGUGGUGAAGAAACUGUAGAUGAUGGCCCUGCAAUUCCGAAAUUUGGUGAUUGGGAUGAUAAUGAUCCUACAGCAGGUGAAGGUUACACUCAACUCUUCAACAAAGCAAGGGAGGAUAGACACAAUGGAGGAGCCAAGUCGCCAAUGAUAACAAUUGAGAAUGCUAAUUUUUAUGGUCAAAACCGGCAUGGCAAUGACAACACAAAGGGUUGUGGCUGCUUUUCAUGGAGCAGAAAAUGAUUUAUUUUUG